UUCCAAGCGUUACAUAAUUUCCUUAAGUUUCAUAUUUCAAUGUCCUCUCUUACAUUCUCUCUUUCUCAUAACACUAAAGAAAGAUAAAGGGAGAGAAAAGGGAGGUAUAUAUAUUGAUCAAACAUCAAAUUCAUAUACUUAGGAAUAUAACAAUAAAAUCAAACUGACCGGAUUGAGUUUUAAGAUUUGUAAAAGUGAGCAUCAAUAAUCAGAUUAAAUAAAAUCAGAGAUGGCAUUGGUCGCUCACCAGCAACCUAGAUCAUUAUAUGGAGCUGCAGGUUUGUAUAAUCAGAACGUUGGGCACAUUAGAACCAUACAUGAAAAGGAAAUGUGCGUAGCAAGGAGCAGGGAAAGGACCUCCCCUUCAUGGAAAGAACAGAAUAAUCGGUGUGUAGUUGUGAGCAAGCCACCUUCUCAAUCAUCGUGGUGGAAUGACAAAGAUAUGAAGAGAAAACGCAGAGUGGCCAAAUAUAAGCUUUAUGCAACUGAGGGUAGGCUCAAGUCUUCUCUCUGGAAAGGAUUAAGCUGUUUCAAGAUUACAUGCAAAAAAAUCGUCACCUAGCUUAAUGUAUGGAACGUAUGUGUAUGUGUUAGCUUUAUCUUGCACAUAAUAUAGGUUAUGGAUGCCAUAAUUCAUCAUUCUUUUCGAUAAGUAGCGCAUACAUAUGCGUUUUUGGGAGAGUUUGAUUUUCAUUUUAAUAUAUGAAGCUUGCAAGCUUCGUAUAUUUUGGUCAUAUGGAAAUUAGAUUCGUACUAUGCAUGUCUCCUUUUUCUAGCAUGAAGUGUCUAUAAGGAUUGCAUAUUUCUUUUAUUUUCUGUAUUUAGAUUAGUUCCAUAUUUUAUAAGAUAUGAUCCUUUUUCUA